AUCAGCAGUAGUAUAAUAUAUAACCCCUCUUCAUGGUAUAUAUGAUGUGUCCCACUCCCAGGAUAACACCUUGGCCCCUCUCUUUGGGGUGUGACUCCGGAUUCCAGGCUCAGCGCCGCGUCCCCCUCGCACUGACUACACGGCCGAUGUGACGAGCGCACGGUAAUCCCCUGCCUGGAGGACACCAGCCCCACCCCUGGGCGGACUGCCAGGAAGUGGCCGCCAGAGACGGCAUGCAGCAGAGGGCUCCGGUCACCAUGGCCCGGGAGUGACAGGAUGGGCAGGCGGCGGGCACGGAGCCUGUGGCUGCUCCUGCUGCUGUACGCGGCGCUCAUGCUCCUGGUCCUCUCAGUAAUGUUACAUGAAGGCUGGCGGUCUGGAAGGAAAGCCUCGGCUGCUCAGGACGACGAAGGAGGCUGGAACCGGUCACCUCCCCGGCGGCUCUGCCCAAGCCUGGACCAGUCUCUGUGGGAGGAUGAUGGGGAGGAAGGAACGGUCUCCCCGCUCCCCCGAACUCACGUGUACCUGCACGCUACAUGGCGGAGCGGCUCGUCCUUCCUGGGGGAACUCUUCAACCAGCAUCCCGGCGUCUUCUACUUGUACGAGCCGGCGUGGCACAUGUGGCAGUCCCUGUACCCCGGGGACGCGGAGAGCCUGCAGGGGGCGCUGAGGGACUUGCUCGGCUCCCUGUUCCGCUGUGACUUCUCCGCGCUGCGGCUGUAUGCCGGGGACAACCUGACUUCUGCCGGAGUCUUCGGCUGGAGGAGCAACAAGGUGAUCUGCAGCGCCCCCUUCUGCUCACCUUCUGCAAAGAACUCUAGCUCCACCGCUGGGGGGCGCAGGGACAAGGUGGGACUUGUGGAACCUAAAGACUGUCAGCAGAGCUGCCCGGCUCGGCCCCUGCGGGACCUGGAGGCGGAGUGCAGGCGCUACCCUGUAGUCGUCAUCAAAGACGUGCGGUUACUGGAUCUGGCCUCCCUGCGGCCGCUGCUGCGGGACCCCGGGCUCAACCUGCGGGUGGUCCAGCUAUUCCGCGACCCCAGAGCCGUCCACAACUCCCGGCUCCGCUCCAAGCGUUCCCUGCUGCGGGAGAGCCUCCAGGUGCUGCGCAGCCGCCUGAGGGGAGUGGACCCAGCGGGCAGAGCCCUGCAGCAGCAGCAGCUGCACCGAGGAGGGGCAGACUUCUUGUUAAGCAGCUCCCUGGAGGUCAUCUGCCAGGCCUGGCUGCGGGACUUGCUCCUGGUGCGGGGCCACAGCCCACCCUGGCUCCGGCACCGCUACCUCAAGAUCCGCUAUGAGGACCUGGUGCUGUCCCCGCACAAGGAGCUACGCCGCCUGCUGCACUUCACUGGGCUGCCCGCCAUGGCGGAGCUGGAGGACUUCGUGCUGAACAUGACUCGGGCAGCCGGCUACUCUUCAGACAGACCCUUUCUGGUGUCUGCCCGCAAUGCCAGGGAGGCUGUAAGCGCCUGGCGGGAGAGGCUGAGCAGGGAGCAGGUCCGUAGGGUGGAGGAGGCCUGUGGAGAUGCCAUGCAGGUGCUGUCCUACCAGCUGCAAGGGGGUUGAGGCCUCUCCCUGGAACCCACCUCCGCAGACUGCAGCUGGCACAACUGAGAGAGGGCAGGCGGCAGGUUAUAGAGCAGGAGGAGCGCAGCACGUUGUAUAUACAGUUUCAGUAAAACCUGUAAUUUAUACAUUUACAUCUCUGCUCUUUCUGACUCCAGUUGUACAGGGGAUCUUUUAUUAGUGAUUGAUAGCGUUCUCUGUGUAUAGAAUUUACACAUUGCAAUUACUGGGCAGAUUAUCGGGAAUGAACGUUCUUGCGAAUGCUCAUUCCUGACAAACUGCCUGUGUAAAAGUGUAGCUGAUGAACGAGCGACACACUUGUUCAUCAGGUGAUCCUGUCAUUUGGGCAGGCACCUAAAUUGUCGUUUCUGGGCAGCAGAUUGUGCCAUCUAAACAGCAAUACCUUGUCAUUAUAUUAUCUGACCAAUUUCUGUCCAAUUAGACCAAUAGUUGGUGUGUAGACCAAAAGAUCUCGGUGUGUAAUCUGCCAUCUAACCAAUGAUUGGUCAGAAAAUCUGUAAAAUAAUCUGUUGGUGUAAUACAGCCUUUAGUGUGUAUACAGAGAUAGCUGUCAGUCACUGAUUGUUAUACAGGAGGGAGGUGUUAU